CUGCUUCUACUUUCGUUGAAGCGGGUGAUGUACCCUCCCCGUUUCAAGAAAUGGCCAAAGCUUUUAAUUCCUUAGUCACCCCGCAGACGCAUCCGGACCCAACUAUACUCUGUACGUUGGAUGUGUCAGAGGCCUUAGAGGACCUUCAAGGUGAGUGGUCGGCAAGGGACCCUCGUGAGUCCUGGGUGGCACUGGGUAGAGGUCCAAAAGGGGAGCACUUUGUUGUGGAAGUCGAUGUGGGUGGUCGCAAGUGCGGCGCCUUCGUAGACAUUGGCUCCACACGAAACUUCAUAAGUCACGACUGCGUUGACAGACUGGGCCUAAAGGACCGGGUCCAGCGCCUUAGUAGACCGGUAGCAUCUACUUUGGCCAACAAAGAGCUCAUGAUGUUGGAGGACUACGUUAAAGAUGUAGUCCGCACCUUCUCUUACCCAGGAGGAGAGCUAAACCAUAAGAUAUCAUUCCUGGUGAGCGACGAGUUGCCCUUUGAUAUGUUAUUGCGCAUGUACUACCUCGAGGUUGCUAAGCCCCAGUUUGACUGGGACAAGGUGUUGAAGCACGAAUUGCCUAGUGGGAGAACCGUGAGACUGGCCAAGUACAAAGCCAGUAGGUUAGUAGACUCCUAUGGGUGCUUAUGCGCAUCAUCCUUUUAUAAUUAUUAUAAACAGAACCCAGAGGAAGGAAUGUACUUAGUUUAUGUCUCUGCAAAAGGGGAGGCCGUUAAAACACCCCCAGAGAUAGAGAACAUCGUCGCGAAGUACCCUGAUUUGUUCAAGGAGCCUACAGGAGUCGUAGACAGGGAGAUUGUUCAUGCCAUAGAGAUUAUCCCAGGAAGUAAAACACCUAAGGGUAGAAUCUAUAGGAUGGCUCCAGCCGAGUUGGACGAACUUCGGCGGCAACUGAAAGAGCUCACAGAGAAGGGUUGGAUUCGGCCUAGCACUUCCCCCUAUGGCUCACCAGUUCUUUUUUUUCCAAAGAAAAGGGGAACACUAAGGAUGUGCAUUGACUAUGGAGGCCUCAAUGCUAUCACCGUUAAGAACGCAGAGCCUCUACCGCGCAUCGACGACCUAUUGGAUAGGGUGCAAGGAUUGUUGGCUCAGCAGGAAGGGAAGAAGUUGAGACCGAUCGAGUACAUGAGCAAAAAGAUGCCUUCAAAGAAGUUGGCAAAAUCCACCUACGAGAGGGAACUCUACGCUCUUUACAAGGCACUUGUCCAUUGGAGACACUAUCUGUUGGGAAGGUUCUUCUACUUAAGAACUGACCAUCAGACCCUCGAGUGGAUCAAGACGCAACCAGUUCUCUCUGAUGCACUCAAACGCUGGAUUGAAGUCCUAGAUCAAUAUGAUUUCAAACUAGACUAUUUGAAGGGAGAGUACAACAAGGUUGUAGAUGCGUUGUCUAGAAGGGCAGACUACCUAGGUGCGCUGAUCUCUGAGUUUGGUUUGUCUGAGGAAGUGACUCGAUCGUUGGAUGAAGCCUACAAGGAAGAUCCCAUCACGAUGGACAUCAUCAACAAACUUCAGGCUAAGGACAAGGCCACUACUGACGAGUUUGUGAUGGUGGAUGGAUCGCUCUUUCUUGAGAAGGCAGGGUUCAAAAGGUUGGUGGUUCCAUCUGGAGAGACUUUGCGUAGUUUAUUUUUAGGUGAGUGCCACGACGCCACGGGACACUUCGGCUAUAAGAAGACGAGUGCUAACUUAGUACAGCGAUUCUGGUGGCCUAACAUGCUUGACGAUGUGAAGAAGUACGUGGAGACCUGUCAGGUCUGUCAGCGGGACAAGCCGCGGACUCAUGCUCCGCUUGGGUUAAUCAAGCCUUUACACAUUCCUGCUGGUCCACGGCAGAGUAUCUCCAUGGACUUCAUGGAUACUCUUGCGACCAGCAAGAAUGGCAAGACGCACAUAUUCGUCAUAGUGGAUAGGUUCACUAAGUACGCUAGACUAAUCGCCAUGCCAGAGACCGCCAGGAUUGAGCACGUCAUCAAGUUGGACAAGUGGGUGCGUGACUUUGGAUUGCCUAAGACUAUCGUUAGUGAUAGAGAUGUGAAAUUCACAAGCGAGAUGUGGAAGAAGGCCGCUGAACAGAUGGGCAACCAGCUUCAGAUGACUUCUGGAAAUCAUCCCGAAGCAAAUGGGCAGGCUGAACAGAUGAACCGAGUGGUGCAGCAUCUGCUGAGGCAUUACAUCAAGCCCAACCAGGAUGAUUGGGAUGAGAAGUUGCCUCUUGUCGUUAGUCUGUACAACAAUGUUGUACACAACACAAUCGGUGCCAGUCCUAAUCAGCUACAUCUCGGAUGGAAGCCUAGAUCCGCUCUAGACUUCCUCCUGCCUGAAAACCGAAUUGCUGCAACUCAUGGAACCAUUGAAUUUGGUGUCCAGUAUGAGAAACUGCUGCAGCAGACUGUCAAACACAUUAAGAAAUCUCAGGAGGUCAUGAUUGUUUCUGAGAACAAGCGUCGUGGACAGUCCACAUUUCAGGUAGGGGAACGCGUCUGGGUCAAGGCUAGUGAACUGGGACAGGAGUUUAACAUCUCUAGGAAACUAAUGCCUCAGUAUUUCGGUCCCUGGGAAGUCCUGGAUAUCGUGGGGAAGGAUUUGGAUGGCCGCUCGUACAUCAUUCGAACAAUUGCAGUUGUGGUGUGGACUGAUGGAAUGUCUAUUCGGGCGAGUGUAAUGUCAUCUAAUCCGUACCGUUCAAAGGAGGCGGGAUCUGUCAAUAGUGUUGAUGCAAGCGUUGUUGUUUGGUUGGGCGUGGAAGGUUCAGUGGUUGUAUGGGAAGGGAGCGAAGAGGUGGUGUUUUGUGGUGCAGUUGUUGUAGUUGGGGUGGAGGAGGGGGAUGGAGACGAAGGUGGAGAGGUCAUUGCUGACGUGGUGGAAAGAUUGGUCUUGAGCCUUUUUGUUGUCUUCGACGUGGUGGAGGGACCUGCGCAAACAACAAACAGGAAGGACAGAAAACAAUCGUGCGAGAAGGAAUUAUGCGAGCCGAUGAAAAUGUCGCCGGAGAUAGAGGGAGUAGUUGCUAAGUACCCUGAUCUAUUUGAAGAGCCUACAGGGGUUGUUGAUAGGGAGGUCGUCCACGCUAUAGAGAUUAUCCCAGGGUCUAGCACCUCGAAGGGUAGGAUCUAUAGGAUGUCUCCAGACGAGCUUGAUGAGCUUCGCCGCCAACUCAAGGAACUCGUAGAGAAGGGUUGGAUCCGGCUGAGUGUUUCCCCUUACAGGUCUCCAAUAUUAUUUGUACCUAAGAAGAAGGAGGGAGCACUUAGGAUGUGCAUUGACUAUAGGGGCCUCAAUGCCAUCACUGUCAAGAACAGAGAGCCCCUACCGCGCAUCGAUGACUUGUUUGAUAAAGUGCAAGGGUGUCGGUACUUCAGUAAGAUAGAUCUGAAGUCCGGGUACCAUCGGAUUGCAAUCCGGCAUGAGGAUCAACACAAAAUCGCCUUUCAGCCCAGGUACGGUCUGUACGAGUUUGUGAUGAUGCCGUUUGGCCUGUGCAAUGCUCGUGGCACCUUUCGGCACGCUAUGAAUCGGAUCUUUCAUGACUACUUGGACAAUUUUGUCAUCGCGUACCUCGAUGACAUACUUAUCUUCAGUAGGACUAUCGAGGAGCACGUGGCACACUUAGAUAAAGUUCGUAGUCUCCUGCGUCAACACAAGUUCAAGAUUAACGGCGAGAAGUGCGAGUUUGGCCGCACCCGUAUUUUGCACUUGGGUCAUGAGAUUUCCGUGGAAGGGUUAAAGCCCGAUGACGCGAAGCUGGCCGGCAUUCGUGACUGGCCGCGUCCUCAGUCUGUGACUAAGAUGAGAUCAUUCUUAGGGAUGGCAGGCUAUUACCGUACGUUCGUUAAAAACUAUAGUAUAGUAGCCGCCCCUUUGACUGAUCUGACACGCCUUGACACCCCAUGGGAGUGGACAGACAAGUGCGAGGCUGCUUUCAGACAUCUGAAGCAUGCGUUGACGCACUAUGAGGUCUUGAAGCUUCCUGAUCCUGACAAGCCAUUUGUGGUCACCACGGAUGCCAGCCAGUAUGGUAUUGGCGUCGUGCUUGCGCAACAGGAGGGGCUAAAGUUGAGGCCGGUCAAAUACAUGUCUAAGAAAACGUUGUCUCAUAAGUUGGCAAAGUCCACCUAUGAGAAGGAACUCUAUGCGGUAUACAAGGCUCUGACCCAUUAAAGGCACUAUCUCCUUGGGAGGUUCUUCAUCCUCUGGACUGAUCAUUAGACCUUGAGAUGGA